AUGGUCGCACGGCACCAGCACUCGAGUGCUGCUUCGAGCGUUGAGUAUAAAACCCUACAAAUAAACUCUGAUUCAGCAUCGAACUACGUGGACCGGGUGCGCAUCCGUGACUCGUCCAGCUCAUUUGGCGGACCAGGCCGAGGAUCCGGGUGGCGUCAAAAGUCCCUCUCGAAUAUAGAUCUGCCGACGAGCUAUCGGGGCAUUGCCGGCGGUGUCGCCGGAACUGGUGGCCUUGUUGGUGCUGGUCAGUUUCGCUAUCGCGACUAUGAUUCAGGACUGUACGAUCUAUAUUCGCGCAUAGACAGUUGCCGGGAGGAGUACGAUGAUAUCUACGGUAUAAAUCCGAAAGCGUCUCGUGCAGCAAGCAACGCCAGCAGUGGCAAACAGCAGCGUCAACAGCAGGAAAAGCUCCAACAGCAAGGGAAGGAUAAGGACGACCAUCAUCAGCAUCAUCAACACCAGAGGCAGAAGCAUCACCACCAUCAUCACCAUCGCUAUCAGGAGUUCUACAAUCCCGAGAGCAACGAAGCCUGCAGUUUGCGGCGGACCCGCAGUCUAGCGGUGAUCCGCGAAGAGUCCUACAACGAUCUACACCUGCACGGACGUGGCGCUAGACGAUCACAACUCAUCCCGAGAGCUAAACUGGUGGAUAGAAACUUUUUCAAAGACAGAUAUAACUUUAUUUAUGACGACGGUGAAGGACCGGACAUAGUAGAUAACGAAACUAAUUACACCCUAGCAAAGCGUUACAACGCUCAGGGUCAACCGUUUCCGUGGCACACGGACAAGAGUGACCUUGACAGUAUCGAUUCCUCGAUCUUCAAACACUCGCUCCAUCAGCAGAACAGCUUCGAAGGUAGUCAGCGUAAUUCGAUCCGUAGCGGUGAUUCGACCAAGUUCGUAUCCAAGGUAGAGGUGCACAGCGACUACUCCGGUGCGUCCAAGUCGGAAACUGGCAUCGAAGCGGACCUUAAACUGCUGGACGACAUCUCCCUAAAGGAGGAACCACGUACUACCAGCAAAAGUAGCACCCUAGAAACCAUCAAGAAUCGCUACCCACUGGAGAAAAAAUUCGCCGUAAAGGAGGAAGAGGAGAGCGGAAUAACCAUCAUCGAAAUCAAGGACAGUCAAGUCUCGCACAAAAGCAGCAGCGUAAUCUCGUACGAUUCCAUCUACCUUUCAUCGGAAAGUGACGAAAAAGAAGUACUGGACGAAAUUCUACCGGAAGUGCGUCUAGCCGAAGAUUCGGAGCUGAUCGACAUUAAAAUCGAAGACUACGACGAUCUGUUCAAGGAAACGGACCUAGAGAAGGCGGAAAGUACCAUCGACACCCUGUAUGGGCAGGUGACGAAACCGAAACCAAAGAUAGUAGGAGUUGAACCAAAGAUACAGCCAAACGAUUCGCUUAAGCGGUACAUUAAGAACACUAGUCGUGGCACCAUCGAGCGUUUGUCACUAAUCUCAAACCUUAAGUUACGCCAAGAAUUCGCCGAAAACAGAACACAGCUCAAAGAGAAACCACUGAUCGACAACGACUAUCAAUACAACUCGUUGCCGGACGCAGCCGACGUCUGUAAGAUCCUACGGAAUUCGGAACGAAUCGACGCAAAGUUACGCCGCAUUUGCGAUAACGAACAAUCCGGUCGAUCGACUCGCGCCGACGGGGAUCACUUCGAUUCGCUUCCACGCUUGGACAAGAACAGUCUCAAUCUAACACAACCGCCAUCGGACGAAGACACCUCGCUGGAGGAAUCGGACAAGGGAGCACCCUCGAUUGAAGUCGUUGAAACCCCGACCAAAGAAGUACUGAGCAGCUCAUCCUCCAAGGUCUACCUGAAAGACUACGGUGUCGAGCUUGACUACGAAAACUCCCUGGUCACCAACAGCGAUCAGGAUAGUGACAUAACAAUCGUCGCACCUCAGGACGCCACUUCUAACGUCCCUGCUAUUGUUGUCACUCCAGCGGAAAAAUCUGCGGCACUUGGUAGAAAACAGUCAACCAACUCGACACAAAGCGAGCCAGCCCAACGCCAGGAACCGGUGAUCUACUCGACAUUCGCCAGCACCGUCGGCAAGCAGACUACAAACCGAAUCAACUUCGAGAGCAAGGAAAAAAGCCGUCCCAAUCCGGAAGCGAUUGAACAAGUGAAGACUAAACUCAAACCGAUCCCGGUGGUUGCGGAGCAACAGAAGAUUCCGGUCGCUCUAGCCCCAACGGUUAAGCUUGGUGGAAAAAAGGUCAUCGUUGAUGAGGUAGCCGCUAAAGCGGCCAAACGAGAACGGGAACUCGAACAGAUCAACAAAGCAAGCGAAAUCGAAGAAAAAACAAACACCAUUUUGAAAAAACCAACUACGAAAAAGUGUGCUGAACCACCUCCUGCCAAGAAGGAAGAAUCCAAAUCGGAACCACUACCGAUCGUGAACAGUAGACCGCCGGAUCCGAAACCUCCGGAAAGCAAGGAAGGCAGUCCGAAGGUUGAUCAUUCGAGUUUGUUUAAGGACACGAACCCGUUCAAGGAACAGGCCAGACGGGAGGUGAAAAACCGCAUGGUAGAUCGGCCGUUGUUCAAAGGUGUUCGACGAUUCAACAGUACCGAGAACAUUUACACUUCGGCUCCGAUCAUAGUGACGAAGACCUUUAACAAUUUCAUAAAAACCAAUGAGGUAAAGACGAAAUCGUUCGAUUCGUUGAUUGUAGAAAGCAAAUCGGAAACUAAAGAGAAGAAAAUGCCACGACCGCAAGUAAUUCAGAUUAUCGACUCCAAGCAGAACCAUCAUCACGAUGAGGGAACUCUACGUAAGAACGUUCAGGAUGGGCAGCAGGUUCAGAAGGAAUUCCUGCACAAGGUGGACUCCGUGCGUAGUUACUGGUCGAAGAUGCUAGAGGAAGCGGAUGCCAGAGCUGAAGCGGAAGAUCAGGUAGACAAUGGGAGUUUGUCAAAAAUUGAACCUGCAGUUCAACAAUCAAAAAACGAUGACACGAAAGCGGACAGCACCGGGAGUUCAACCGAACAACAACAGAAGUCACAGCAGCAGCAUCAACGGUCAGCGACCCAGACGAAACCAGCAAAGCGAGAAAAUUCCUCCCGAAACAAGUACUCCACCUAUCAGUUCGACGAAGGCACCGAACUGCAGAGUUUUAGUCCAACGGUGGAAAUCAUUGAGCUCGAGGGACAGAAACAGGCCGCACUGGUGAAGCCGAAAAACGCAAACAACCUCGACUUCGAUCACGUGCGCUACAAGGUCAUGAAAUCGGAAAUGUUUCAAAAAAACUUGCUGGUGAACCAUCGGAAAGCGGCUCAAUUCGAUGGUUUGAUGCAGUAUCUACAAGAUUACAGCUUUCAGGAGUUGCUCGCGCACAAUAACGUUGUAAUCAUUGAGCCGGUCCGGACAAAGAUCGAGAAGAUUUCCGACAAGCCGCCGCAAAGCGUUGCGACGACCUGCCGGAUCACGACCGGGGCUUUGUCCAGCGGAGAGAACCGGAGGGGUUCCGGGUUGAAGACCCAUUUUUUCUACCAUCCCAUACGAGUGAAUAAGGAGCUGCUGGAUGAGGAGCUGCCGAGUCCGGAUACGGUGCGAAACGUCCGGAAGCUUUUCGAGGGUACGCUGCGGCUCGGGACGACCUCGAAGCAGGUUUACGAAGAUGCUAAGACUAGUGUGGGUAUACGAAAAUGGGAUUCAGCGAGUCUAUCCAGUGGCGUUUCGAGUGGUGAUUUGAGCUCACCCUGUGAGUGUGGUGAGAAUGAAAUCGAGGGGUACUACGGCGAGGAGAACUUGAUAGGCGAUGAUGAGUUGGAGUCGCACUACGUUAGCCAGGAUGUGCUGGAGAAGAUUCGAGAAUGUGGUUCUACGGUGACGUACUACGGAGGUCGGGUGGUGGAUAAGAAGGGUGAACAUGUCAGCACGAUGACCAAGGCAAUAAUGAAGGAAAUCCGCGGCCAGGAGCGGAAGAUCUGCCAGGUUUGCCAGCCGCAAGGCUGUCGAGCCGAGCAGCGGCGCCAUUCUAGCAGCCAUCAGUCAAGCACGAAGCUGGACGGUUUAGGUGUUAAAUUCAAACUUGUUAAAUCGAACAGCUGCAGUAGCCGCUUAGAAUUGGCUGGCACGGGAAAAACUCCCCCGGAUCUAGUGAAAAACCAGCGUAAAGCGACGAACGCCGGACGACCGAAACAUCCAACGCCAAACGGCAACGGUGUCCCGUCGCCUGCCGACAAAAACAACAACAACGUUCACGAGACUAAAUCCGCACCAUCGCCGACGGUGGAGGAACCCGAGGAAACGGUUCGCGAUUUGGUUAGUCGAUUGGAAAACAACACCCUGAGCAUCCGCAGUAAACCACGAAUUAUCGAAUCCAAAUGCAUCGAGAAAACAGACGAAUCCAAAGCAGAACCGGCCAUAACUAUCAACAGUCUCACGACGGAGGUUUCCGCCCCCGUGACGAAAACUGUUCUUUCGGAAAAAUCAUCCUCUCAAACGGACUCCUCGACAAUGGUCACGGUGAACAAUCACAGCACCGUCCCCGGUCAACUGAUGAUUCCACCGCUUCUGAAAGGCCAAAAAGCCCAGGAACCGCAAUCGGCAGUUGACAGACCGCCAAAAGUUUGCCGCAACAAAAACGUAGACCUAGCCUUUGCGGCCACCAUUAACAAGGCCAACAACAAACCGGACAAGGAAAAGCAGAACCUUGCCCGCCGAUCAUCCCUCGCUACAAACAGUUCCGUAGACACGGUUGACUCACUGGAGACGGCUCCUUCCACCGGCGGCGGUAAAACGGUCACUUUCCACUUUCAGAAUGACGGCGGUGAUGAUGAAAACAACAACAACAACAACGAAAAAUCCAAGCCAACCCACAAGCGUGGCGAAGUCGAACAGCACGAAAAUCUGAAGCCAAGCGUAAUCGCCGAACAGCGCAAGUCGGACGAACUGACCUCACCGAAGCUGGUCAACUGGAGCUCGAUCGGCAAGGGCAGCUUCGACGAGCGGCAGUACUUCGCGAACGACAAGAAGCUGAUCGAAAAGCGCAAGUACGACGAAAUGGAGUUCGAAGAGUUUGAGGUCCUGGAUCCGAAUGCACCACCGGUGGCCGUACAGCAGCAGCACAGUGUCCCCUCGGCUGAAUGUUACGAUAGUUUGAACGGCGGUCAGUAAGCGGCUAUGGAGUGUGUGCGGUAUUUAUGUAUCUGUUACAGUUAUUCAAAUAGUAUUAUAUUGUACUUAUUAUCUGUAGAAUGGAAAAUUAUAUUAUUGUUAGUCGAA